GGCGAGGUGGGAGAGCGACAAGCACGUUGCCUCUGGUCCGCCGUGUGGGCGGGGAGAGGCGAGGCUGAGGGAGAGGAGGAAGAAGAAGAAGCAGAACCGGGGCUCGCAAGCAGGCAGUAGUGAAGUGAGGAGACAGGGCGGCGGAAGGGAAGCGAGACCCAGCCAGCCACGCACUGCCAAAGGGUUGGGCCAGAGGGUGGGAAGCGAACAGGACUAGAGGCAAAGGAGAGGGGCGAGGAAACCGGGUGGAGACAGAAGCGGAGGGGAGACUUUGCGGGGAUCCGAGAAGCCAAGGCAGAGGAUUAAGAAAGGCUCUGAGGGGGGACAGAGGAACGGGGCGGCACGGCGGGAUCUAGGAAGAGACAAUAAGCGCUACCUCGAGAGAAGUCUGAGGAAGGCAGAGGGAAAGAAUAAUCUCCAUAACGAUCCGAAUCAGAGCCAUGCAGCGGAAGAAGUGAAGAGCGCAGACGGGUACAAAGAAGCGCAGUCAGGCAGCAGCCCCGGAGAAAGAGCGCGAAGUGCCCGUAGUAACAGCUCUCCAGCCCAGGAGGGGAAGAGGAGGCGGAGUAGACCAUGCCUUGCAGGAAAACGGGCGUAUUGUAAGAGCAUCCUCGUCUGCAGCCAAAGCAGCCCCAAAUUACAUCAAGACGCUGGGGGGCAUAUCCAGUGUGUUCAUUCAAGGUUGAUGACAGUGAUCUGUCAAAUUCUAUAAAGGAACAGCAUGGAAACUGGCAUCCUGAACUGUUAAUGGGGUCAUGGGAUUCACAUUGUCAUUGAUCACUUGUUUGGAUUUAACCUGUGAGGAGCAACAGAAACUGAUAGAAAGAUAUCAAGAGUUAUUACAGCACUGAAGGUCAUCACAAUUUAUUCUUUUAAUUUCUGAGAAUGUCUGAGCAAGGUAAACUAGAAGAAGCUGGAAAUGAGCUAGACUCAGCUCUCUCCCAACCAGAGAAUUGCAUUCUUAAUAAAACAGAAAGCUCAGAAGUAGAUGAAAAAGAGGAAAAUGGAAAAUCAGAUCAGAAACGAAGUGUUAACCAGAACCAGCAGAAAAAGAGAUCCAAGUCAGGAGGGAAGGGGAAACUGGUACGAAGCCUUGCUGUAUGUGAAGAAUCAUGUCCUCGUCUGGAAUCGGACACUGACAAUCAGGAAUCAAUACAACUACAGCUUUCAAGUUUCCCCAGCCUACAAGAAGAGGAUAAAUCUAGUAAAGAUGACUCUGAGAAAGAAAAAGAGAAGGAUAAAAACAAAGAAAAAGAUAGAAACAGUGAAAAACCCAAGAUAAGAAUGUUAUCAAAAGACUGCAGCCAAGAAUAUACAGACUCAACAGGCAUAGAUUUGCAUGAAUUUCUGGUUAACACAUUAAAGAAUAAUCCCAGGGAUAGAAUGAUAUUGUUAAAAAUGGAGCAGGAAAUCAUUGAUUUUAUUAGUGAUGACAGUAAUCAUUAUAAAAAGUUCCCCCAGAUGUCGUCCUAUCAGCGAAUGCUGGUGCACAGAGUGGCCGCUUACUUUGGCAUGGAUCACAACGUGGAUCAGACUGGGAAAUCUGUCAUUAUCAACAAGACCAGCAACAUGCGAAUACCAGAGCAAAGGUUUUCUGAACAUUUAAAAGAUGAAAAAGGUGAAGAAUCCCAGAAGCGAUUUAUCUUGAAGCGAGAUAACUCUAGUAUUGAUAAAGAAGACAAUCAGCAAAAAAGAACUCAUCCAUUUAGAGAUGACAGACGAAGUAAAUCAAUUGAAGAGAGAGAAGAGGAAUAUCAGAGGGUGAGGGAGAGAAUAUUUGCACAAGAUUCAGUUUGCUCUCAAGAAAAUCUUUUUGUGGAUAACAGGAUCUUGGAAGAUAGCAUGUGCAAUGAAACUGUGAAAAAAAGACAGCUCUUCAGGGGUAACAGAGAUAGCACAGGGAAGACAUCUGGUAGUCGGCAAAGCAGCACAGAUAAUGAAGUGAAAUGGACCGACCACCAGAGGCCGUGGAGCAGCACGGACUCAGACAGUUCCAACCGCAAUUUGAAGCCAGCUGUAACAAAGACAGCGAGUUUUGGUGGAAUAACUGUUCUGACGAGAGGAGAUAGCUCAUCAAGUAACAGGAGUACCGGCAAACUGUCUAAAACAGGUUCAGAGUCUUCCAGCAGUGCUGGGUCCUCAGGAUCUCUGUCCCGAACACAUCAGCCUGUCCCUGGAGUUACAGCCGCAUCUUCAAAUAGUUUAUCCUAUACAGAGAAUGGGAUAAGUAGCCAGGGGGUACCAAGCAGCACCAGCUAUAUCAUACUUCCACUUGAAGCUGCAGGGAUACCGCCAGGAAGUAUUCUGCUCAAUCCACACACAGGUCAACCAUUUGUAAACCCUGAUGGUACCCCUGCAAUAUAUCACCCCCCAACUGGUCAGCAACCUGUUAGAAGCCAGAUAGUUGGACAGUCUCAGCAACCAUCUUCAUCCCAACAACCUGCCCAGCAACCACAGCAACAAAUGACAAGUCAUCUUAUCCCACAGCCUAUUUCAGCUCUCCAGGCUUCUUCCCAAUCAGUGCCGUAUUCAGCCAUUUCCUAUCCUUCACAACAUCUUCUAGCAGUUUCUCCAACACAGCAGUUUCCUGUGCGAGACGACAUCACAACACAGUUUAGCCAGAUGAGUUUAAGCCGUCAGUCAUCAGGAGACAACCCUGAUUCACCUUCUGGUCCUGUCUAUCCAUCACCUAUUAUACAACAGACUCCCCCACAGACUGGUUAUGUCAUUGCACCCCCAAGUCAGCAACUUCCUGCUGGAGGUUUUACAGGUUCAGGUCCACCAGUAUCCCCUCAAGUACAUGCACCACCACCACAGGGUUAUGUACAACAACCACCAUCUGCUCAGAUGCCUGUAUAUUAUUACCCUUCUGGUCAAUACCCUACCUCAGCAACCCAGCAGUACCGACCUAUGGCCUCAGUUCAGUACAGUGCACAACCAAGUCCGCAGACAUCACAGACUACACAGCAAGCAGGUUACCAAUCUGUCUUGACUAAUCAACAGCAAGGAUUCCAUGGACUCUUAGGAAUGCAACAGUCUCCCCAAAGCCAAAAUCUAAUAAAUAAUCAACAGGGAAAUCAGGUGCAAGGCAUGAUGGUCCAGUACCCAGCCAUGUCGUCUUAUCAGGUGCCAAUGACCCAGGGGUCUCAAGGACUGCCACAACAGUCAUAUCAACAGCCAAUCAUGCUACCUAAUCAAUCAGGUCAAGGAACACUUACAGCCACUGGAAUGCCCGUUUACUGUAACGUCAUACCUCCUUCCCCACAGAACAACCUCCGAUUGAUUGCACCACACUGUCCCUCUAAUAAUGUUCCUGUCAUCUCUGCCAACUGCAGGACAAACUGUGCAAAUAUUAAUCAUACUGGAUGGCAGGUCAAGUACUGAAACUGUGAAUCCUUAGUUUAGAUACACAGAGGUAGCUGUGCAUUUUUUUAAAAGGGGAACUAUCUCAUGGCCUUCAAAUGAAAAGAGGAAUGCAACAAGAGUAAUCACUUGGGUCGUACAAAAGCUGUGCUGCUGGAAAUAUGUAUAAAACAAAACAAACAAAACAUAAUGAGUUGUUUGCUGUUUAAUGGUGCAUAUCUUUGUCAUGUCUGCUAGAUUUGCCUUUACAGCUUAGCUAGUGACAUGAACUCAUCGAGGCAGGUUUUUUCCUACCACUGAACACCACUGUGUAGAUUAUAAUAUCCCUAAUUCAGAUUAGUUUUGUACUUUGUGUUGAGUUUGUGAAGCAAAAAGUAUUUAAAAGAAAUAUAAUAAAAUUACAAUGUACCAAAGUUGUAAUGGACAUUUUAAAAAAAUGCUGAAUGAAAGGAAUAAUUUAUAUACACCAUAGAGGGUUUUUUUAUGGAUAUCUACUGUAUUGUAGUGUUAUAUCACAAUAAAGUUACUUGACCUCAUGAAGAAAGGUCAACUUUCUA